UUAUAUAAAAACAUUAUUUAAAUAAAAAAAGAAAGAAAAUGUGUGAGUUUGAGUGUUAAAUUAAUUUCAAGUGACAGCAAGUGUUAUUUUCGUUAGUGGCACAAUUAUACUACGUGGAAUAAUGAUAUCUUGGAAAUGAGCCUAAGAUAGUAUAUAUAUACAUAUAUAUAUAAUAUAUAUAUAUAUACAUAUGUUAUAUAUACGUAUCUAUAUUAUACACAACGAGAUGUCCGAUAUGUGAAAACAGCCUCGGCCUUGAGGAAAAGAGAUGUCUACUUCUCUUCGCAUAUUCUUCACUCUUAUCAUUUCUUUUGGCGCCAUGGUAUCCUCAUUGCGAAAUUUUCGAACCGAUUUCUUGGAGGAAUGGCCAACGCCAGGUACAGUGCCCAUUUUCGAUGCAUCCAUGCAAUCGAAUUUCACCGGUUUAGUGGGCAAAACCGUUGCACUAGUCUGCAAAGUCAAGAACUUGGGAAACCGUACGGUGUCAUGGGUUAGACAUCGAGACGUACAUUUAUUAACAGUUGGUCGUUAUACUUAUACGAGUGAUCAACGAUUCGAAGCACAACACUAUCCACAUACCGAAGAUUGGACUUUAAAAAUACGAUAUCCACAACGUAAAGAUACUGGGAUUUAUGAAUGCCAAAUCUCGACGACACCACCUGUAGGGCGCACUGUACAUCUGACGAUAGUUGAACCAGUUACUAUCAUAGUCGGUCAGCCAGAGCUUUUCGUUAACAAAGGAAGCACGAUCAAUUUAACGUGCAUCGUAAGAUAUGCACCGGAACCACCCCCGAUGAUGGUCUGGAGCCACAAUAGCGUAAUAAUCAAUUUCGACUCGCCCCGAGGUGGUAUCAGCUUGGUAACAGAAAAGGGUCCGGAAACAACGAGUCGUUUGAUGAUUCAAAAAGCCGUUCCGAGUGACUCUGGGAUUUACACUUGUGAACCAAGCAAUGCGAAUCCAAGCAGCAUAAAGGUCCACGUUGUUGAUGAGGAGCAUCCAGCCGCGAUGCAUCACGGUGACGGGAGUUCUUCCUACGCUACGACAAAACCAACUUGUUUUAUAAUUUUAAUAAUGGCCAACGUGAUGUUUAUAUGAAUAAAUAUAACUACUACCAACAUAAUGGAAUAAAAAGAUGAACCACAAAUGGAAGAUGCAAGAUCAAGAAAAACAAACCAGAGAUGAAGAAGAAGAAGAUUAACGUUUCGUUUUAAAUAAAAAUCACGAAAAGUUAAAUUAAAGAAAAAG